AUGCCUGUAUCACCUUCUUUUGCGUCAAGCAUAGAUUCAAUAAUGUCCCAUGAAACUAUGGCUUUAUCAAGAAAUCCUCCCUUUAUAGACACUCCGGAAAAAAUGCCAAACCCAACGGUUUCGCCCCAUGGCACCAUUCAUCAUUUGAUAGAUCCAUCUUUGCCAUUGUUGUCCAGUACAACGUCGUCCUCCCGCUCGACUCUCAGUUCUGCAUUGAAUUCAUUUCGGCCUCCACCAUUAACCACAUCAUACUCUUCUUAUAACUCCUCUGCAUGCCAGUCCAUCACGAGUUCGCCUAUAGACAAUGUGACAUUGGCACAUAAUUCUAAAUUUUAUUUCCCUCAUAGUCACUCCCCUACACCGCAGUCUUCUAAUAGCUCGAGCCAUGUUAUUUUGCCACCCAUCUCUUCAUUCACUAACUUGAUCACUGUCGCAGAAAGGGAAUUCAAUGGUAGAUCAAACUCUUUGCACGCCAACUUUACCUCUCCCGUCCCAAGAAGCGUGCUGGAUAAUCACAGGCAUGACAUGUCAUUCUGCAACUCUAACACUACCACUGGUAUGAAGACUAUCACGCCCUCACCACCUGCUCAGCACCAAAGUAUAUUGCCACCUACAGUGGACAACGUACCGAGAUCAAAAUCCGUAUCUAGUCUGCCAGCCAACGGAUUCCCACCCUUGGUCGCCAAGCAACAACAGCAAUUCAACAGCAGUAUCAGUGUCUCUACCCUACCGUCUAUUCAUUCUCCAUUAACUAACGAACAUUCAAACAAGUAUUCCUCAUCUCUAAAGGAUUCUGCCAAAAUAACGAAACAAAGAAAGAAAAAGGAAUGUCCCAUAUGCCACAACUUCUACGCCAACUUAUCUACCCAUAAAUCCACUCAUUUAACCCCAGAAGACAGACCACAUAAGUGUCCCAUCUGUCAACGUGGCUUUGCCAGGAACAAUGAUCUGAUAAGGCACAAGAAACGCCAUUGGAAGGAUGAAUUCAUGCAGAUAUAUGAAAGGGAUCCUAAUAGUAACAGCGGAACCGACGAUGUAGAUGACACAGCCCGUACCUCCGUAGAUAAAGACGGCAACGACUCAACGGAUAAAGCGGAUGCCUCAUCGUCCUCCUCCGAAGAGACGAAACUACUGAAGAAAAACCAACUAAAAUCACUAUACAAGAUCAAGGGUGCAUUUAAAUGUCCUUACAAUUCCACUCUUAUCAAUUUGGACAUGGAAGUCUACCCUCACAAGUCAAGAUCGCUUUAUUUCGAGCCAAUAAAUUGCCAUCAAACAGGUGUCUUUUCGCGUUGCGAUACUUUCAAAAAUCACCUAAAGGCCUUGCAUUUCGAAUACCCGCCUAAAACUAAGAAGGAAGAUAGAGGUAUUGUGCCGGGAAAGUGCAAGCACUGUGGACUACAAUUUCCUAACGUUGACGUCUGGCUAAAUAAGCAUGUGGGGAAAGGAUGUGGCUACACAUAUCAUUAA